GAGGAGUUGCCAGAGGCAUAUGAAAAAGGGGGUGAUCAGGAAUGCAAUGUUUUGAUGUAUCAUAAAAGGUUUGACCUAGAAGUAUGGGUUGACAUUCUCAGACUUGUAGAAGAGUAUUUCUGUGAUGGAGCAAUCAUGAAUCUACUCAUGGCCAGUAUAUCUGUCAAGGGGGCUAUCUUUGGGGCAAGAUGGUCAUACUUUGUGCUCUGCAAAGCCCUCUGCUAUGAUGACCCUGUCAUGUUCAUGCCAAAGAAGCAUAAGCAGGCUGCCAUCAUCAAAGAAGAGCCCUUGAACAAAAACUAUGUGACAUAUCUAAAUGCCUAUAGAUACAAUCUUGACCCAGAGGAUGACACAGAAGAUGUUUUGUCCCUCUGGCUGGAUAGGAUGGUUUGGAAGACAACCUCAAACACACUUGAACAAGCAAGCUGCAAUGUCCUGGGACAACAACAAGGUAUCAAAUGACAAAGGUUAUAGGUGCCAAUGAUCAAGAGCUACCUCAAAGAACACCAGGUUCUUGAUGAACUGUCCAUGGUAUGCUUGCUUCUUUGUGGUUUUUGUUGGUGCCUCAACUGGGCCUUCACUAACUUUGAAUAGAUUGCAUGAGAAAUUGUAUCUUGGAGUAGGAGAUCAUGAAUCUAGGAAUUGGUCCCCAAUAAAACAUUCAGCUUGCUCAACCAAAAUUGAUAGAUAUAGGUAGUAGAGAGCAGAU